GGCCCCGCCUGCCCGGCAUGGCGGAGGAGCGGCGGUUCCGCUCGGCCUCGGGGGCUCCGAUCGCKCUGCGGCGCCGCCAGCACAGCGCGUCCUGCCGGGAGCUGGCGGUGCGCGGGCCCCGCCUGCAGCUGCGCUCGCUCAGCGCCGCCACCUCCGCCGUGUGGCUGGCGGCCUACGGGCUCUUCGCGCUCAGCGAGAAUAGCAUGGUGCUGUCUGCUGCCAUCCUCAUCACACUGAUUGGCCUAAUCGUAUACCUGCACUUUGUGAAGAUUGACCAGGAGUCCCUGUUGGUCAUCGGCUCACUCGGCAUCCAGGUGACUUCAUCCUAUGCCUCAGGGAAAGAGAGCACCACCUUCAUUGAGAUGGGCCGGGUGAAGGAUGUGGUUAUCAAUGAAGCCAUCCAUAUGCAAAAAGUUAUCUACUACCUGUGUAUCCUCCUUCAGGACCCUGAAGAUCCUCAGGGUGUAUCUGAGGUUGUGCCACUCUUUCAGAGCUCCAAGCCUCGUCUGGACUGCUUGAUAGAAGUGUACAAAAGUUGUCAAGAGAUCUUGGAGCAGAGGAAGACAGCUCCACAAUCAAGUGGAAUAAAAUAGCGGGAAAAAAAGGCAGCAAACUUAGCAGGACUCAGGGGGAACCGUGGAAGAGCAAGCAGAAGUGCCCCAUGAGCAGAACUUUUUAGGCUCAGACAGAAARGGUUUUUUGUUGCCUCACCAGAAARGAAUUAUGGGGAAGUAGGGCAAAAUGAGACAAGAAAAUGCAUCCAUUUUUUACUCUUUCACACAUCUGAACAUUAUUCUAAAAUUAUAAAAUAACCUUGGCUGGACUACUGUAAGUAUGCAUUCUUUUAUUUAACCCUUUGCUUGAAAAAACCAUUCUAAAUACCAAAGCUGAUGUGCGGACUCAGAUGGUAACUUUCUGAUCACAGGAGAAUUUCAGGACAAACCCAGCAAAUGAAACUCUUGCAUUACGUUCGGUUUAAGGAAAUAAACAUGACUGAAACCUCUUCAGGGCUCUGCUUGAAAGAGUCCCAUGGGAUAGGGUCCUAGGGGGAAGAGGGGUCCAAGAAAGCUGAUUGAAAGUCAAAGAUCAUUUCUAAGUUCAAGAACAGUCCAUCCCUGCCAGCAGGAAGUCAAGAAGACAUGCAAGGAAGCCUGCAUGGAUGAGCAAGCURCUCCUGGCAAAACCUGAACACAAAAAUUGUUCAGUGAAUGCAGGGGAAAUGUGAACGCAUUGCUGAAUGGGACAAGACCUGUUGACACAGGACACAGAAAAGAUGUGGCAUUUAAAGGGCCACAWCAGUUACUCUGAGAAUAUGAAGUACAUGUUGGUGGAAAUGAUGGUAAUGACAAUGUGAAUAAAGUGUUAUUGAUCUGUGUUCUUGGUAGUAACUUAAGGUUGGGAAAUUCUUCUUUGUUGAUAAGCUAAAUGUUACUGUAUUUACUUAACUGGUAUUUUYAUCUCUUUGUUUUCCAAAACUCUCUAGUUAUACAACUGAGGCAAUUGAAGUGUCAGAACAAGAGCUAAACCCACAAGCUGGCAGGAGCCUGGAGCCAUGCUUAUUUUGCAUACAAUGCUGUACUGUGCUUGUCCACAUAAUCUGUAAAUGAAGCACAAUACCAUCAUGCAAUAAGGGAGGGAUAAGGGCAUUUGUGGGUUUUUUCCUAUGGUGCCACAAAGUUUGAAAGACAGAGGUUAGCUCAUGUCACAGAAAGUAUCCUGGUUGUCUGAAUGAAAGGCAGCAGCUUGGGGAUGUGCCACUGCCUUUUGUGUCAGAAAUUAUGUCUUAGCAGAGUGUACAGGGUCGUGGGCUCAAGAGUGUGUUGUGAAUGCUGACUAUGCUGUAAAAAUCCCAUGAAGUCCUCAGAAUGUGCACUGAAGAAAUUACCAAGAAGCUGUGUCACAGUAGAAGUCUGAAGGAUGGUUUUAGCAAUCAUUUGAAGGAGUGAACAUCAUGUGCCCAUGAUAUAGUCAUCCACUUCAGCUGAGAGAAGAUCAGCAGAAACAAGGAAUCAGUCUAGGGGAGGCUUGUACCAGCUAUGUGCCUGGAUACCAAACACAAUCUUUGUUCAUUUGUAUUUACAUCAAUAAUAUUUUGGCUUUUAAGACAGUUUCUGUCAUUCUGAGAAUAACACACAAUUUUAAUUAAUGAUUAUUAAUUCAUGAGCUGCAUUUUAUUAAGAACAGAAAUCUCACAGUAUCUUCCAGACAGCCUUUUACAUACACACAGCAGUUAGGAACACAAAGGCUUUUGUCUUUUCAUUCUAUGCUGCAUUAGCAGUCUUUGCCAAAAGCAUUGAUUAAAAUAAAAAAUUAUUUUCUCUACCAAAGAAUCAUAGAAAGUAGAUAUCUACACAGGGUGGGGUGUUUGAAGACAAAUAAGCUAUAAAUAGGAGGGAUAUGUGCAUCAUCAGAGUGGGGUGGUCCCUGAAACACUCAAGUAUUGGUGAAUAUUUUUAAGAAAUA